GCGCGCAUGCGCGGUCGCCUUUGUGUGGGUCGAGCGGCGGCGGUGGCGGCGGCAGUGGCGGUCCCACUGGCAGGCGGGCAAGAGGGGAGUCCGGGCGGUGUCCGGCGUGGGAGCCGGGGGACCACCAUGGUGAAGAAGCGGAAAGGCCGCGUUGUGAUCGACUCGGACACGGAGGACAGCGGCAGUGACGAGAACCUGGAUCAGGAACUCUUGUCCCUGGCAAAGCGGAAGCGCAGUGACUCUGAAGAAAAGGAGCCACCUGUGAGUCAGCCAGCAGCCUCAUCAGACUCUGAGACUUCAGACAGUGAUGAUGAGUGGACAUUUGGGAGCAAUAAAAAUAAGAAGAAAGGAAAAGCCAGAAAAAUAGAGAAGAAAGGAACGAUGAAGAAACAGGCCAACAAAACUGCCUCCUCAGGCAGUUCAGACAAAGACAGUUCAGCUGAGAGCUCAGCCCCUGAGGAAGGUGAAGUGUCAGAUUCUGACAGCAACAGCUCCUCUUCCAGUUCAGAUUCAGACUCCUCCUCAGAAGAUGAAGAGUUUCAUGAUGGCUAUGGAGAGGAUCUCAUGGGAGAUGAGGAAGACAGGGCCCGUCUAGAACAGAUGACAGAGAAAGAGAGAGAGCAAGAACUUUUCAAUCGAAUAGAGAAGAGGGAGGUGCUGAAAAGAAGAUUUGAAAUCAAGAAAAAACUAAAAACAGCCAAAAAGAAAGAAAAGAAAGAAAAAAAGAAAAAGCAAGAAGAGGAGCAGGAAAAGAAAAAGCUGACACAGAUUCAGGAAUCUCAGGUAACAUCCCACAACAAGGAACGGCGUUCCAAACGGGAUGAGAAACUAGAUAAGAAAUCCCAAGCCAUGGAGGAGCUGAAAGCAGAGCGAGAAAAGCGGAAGAACAGAACAGCUGAGCUCCUCGCCAAAAAACAGCCAUUAAAAACUAGUGAGGUCUACUCUGAUGAUGAAGAGGAGGAAGAGGAUGACAAGUCUAGUGAAAAGUCAGACCGCUCAUCUCGAACAUCAUCAUCUGAUGAAGAAGAAGAGAAAGAAGAGCUCCCUCCAAAAUCACAACCAGUUUCCUUACCUGAAGAAUUGAAUCGGGUUCGAUUAUCACGGCAUAAGCUAGAACGUUGGUGUCACAUGCCCUUCUUUGCUAAAACUGUCACAGGAUGUUUUGUACGGAUUGGCAUUGGAAACCACAACAGCAAACCAGUUUACCGGGUGGCUGAGAUUACGGGUGUUGUGGAAACCGCCAAAGUUUACCAGCUAGGUGGCACCAGAACAAACAAAGGGCUACAAUUACGGCAUGGCAGUGACCAGCGCGUGUUCCGCCUAGAGUUUGUCUCAAACCAGGAAUUCACUGAAAGUGAAUUUAUGAAAUGGAAAGAAGCGAUGUUCUCUGCUGGCAUGCAGUUGCCUACCCUAGAUGAAAUCAAUAAAAAGGAAUUAUCUAUUAAAGAAGCUCUUAAUUAUAAAUUCAAUGAUCAGGACAUUGAAGAGAUUGUAAAAGAGAAAGAAAGGUUCAGAAAAGCUCCACCCAACUAUGCUAUGAAGAAGACUCAGCUGCUAAAGGAAAAGGCCAUGGCUGAGGACCUGGGGGAUCAGGACAAGGCCAAACAAAUCCAGGACCAGCUGAAUGAGCUGGAGGAGCGGGCAGAGGCCCUGGACCGCCAGCGGACCAAGAACAUAUCUGCUAUCAGUUACAUCAACCAGCGGAACCGAGAGUGGAACAUUGUGGAGUCUGAGAAGGCCCUGGUGGCUGAAAGUCACAACAUGAAAAACCAACAAAUGGAUCCCUUUACUCGGCGGCAGUGCAAACCUACCAUCGUUUCUAAUUCCAGAGACCCAGCUGUUCAAGCUGCCAUCUUGGCCCAGCUGAAUGCAAAAUACGGUUCUGGAGCAUUACCAGAUGCUCCAAAGGAAAUGAGCAAGGGUCAGGGCAAAGAUAAAGAUUUGAAUUCUAAGUCAGCCAGUGACCUCUCAGAAGACCUGUUCAAAGUACAUGAUUUCGAUGUGAAGAUUGAUUUACAAGUUCCCAGCUCAGAAUCCAAGGCUUUGGCCAUCACCUCCAAGGCUCCGCCAGCCAAGGAUGGGGCUCCGAGGAGAUCUCUGAACUUGGAAGACUACAAGAAACGACGAGGGCUUAUUUGAGUGCACCCAGCCUGCUGCUUCUGACCCUGCAUGCCCCAUCACAGUGUCCCACCUUUCCUCUUUUCCUUUGAUUUGCCCUUUCGGGCUGGAGCAGCAGUAGAACUGGGAAGAGACUCCAAACUGCCAGUUAUCUGUAAUAUAAACCAUUUUGCUGUAUAGACCUCCCUUGUCUACACACCAUCUCCCACCAGCCCUGUGGGCCCUACCCAGUAUGGAUCUGGGCUCAUGGGCAUUAUCCAUGUCUUUAGAUUUGUGUUUGCUUUUUAUUUUUUUUGUUGUUGUUGUUUGUUUCGGGUUUUUUGUUGUUUUUUUUUUUUUGGUUUGUUUGUUUUCUUUUUAACCAGCACAGUUCAUUGGCCACUCUGCACGCAUUCAGUAUUACCAUGGAGCUGGGAUUCUUGCUGGAGCCCCUUGUGGCAAUAGCAGCAGCACUGGGCAGUCUCCUCUGCAGACUGCCUUGGACCCAUCCAUUGAACAUUGGCACCUGAACCUGUGGAGGGAGCGGGGAUUGGGCACCUGCAGUCCUCCUUCCUCUCUCCUCAUCUUUCUCUUCUUCCCAUCUCUGCGGAAGAGGGGCUUUCAAAAACCAGUUUAGUUUCCAAAAGUGUACAUUUGUGGGGAGGGUGGGGGGGGUCUGAUUUGAGAGAGAGAGAGAGUGUAUGUAUGUGUAUGUGUGUGGAUUUUUUUAUCAUUUUUUUAAAAUGCAGUACUCUUUGUAUCAGUCUGUCAUGGGUCUAUAGCUGUUUCAGAUUUUUUUCAGCUGUACUUGAGCAUCUGAAACUGCAAGAAAGAAACUCAUUAAAUGUGAUUCUUCUUACUAAACAGGCCUGACUGCUGUAGCUGUGUAACUUCCCCUCCCCCACCUCCUCUUCCCCAUCACCUCCCACCUUGGAGAAAAUUAGCCCCCUGCCCUGCAGGCUGUGUCCUGGAAGGUGGGAGGGAAGCCCAGGGCCAGGUACCAGGGAGGGCAGUGAAGGUGUCUUGCUCACCCCACGUACAGCCCACAGCUUCUUGGCCAAACAUAGAUAUGUCUUUUUCUCAAUGAGUAUACCUGUCUCUUCCUAGUGAUUCUGUUUUGCUCUUUUGGCAAGAAUAACAUUUUGUUUUUUAAGAGAAAUUAUUCAACAUGAAUGUGGAGAGUAAACACAAAAAGAUAUAGGUUGCAAGUGUUACAAGCAUGUGCAGUUUGUGUGUGUGUGUACAUAUAUAUGGUAAGCACAUAUAUGGUUGUGCAGUGAGGGUGGAGCCAGCAAAGGGGUGUGUAUGUCUUUAUGAAAUGUUUGAAAGAGAUAAGCUGACUGCUUGAUAAUCAUUCUCAGGUGUAAAGCUCCAAGUGUAAAUAAGAGUGGCAUUUAACAAAUCUUUUCAGAACAAAGUACAGCUGACUAUAUAUACCAAGAACUAAGCUAAAGGAACAGCUGAGAGCUGCCGAUUUCCGCAAGAGGGAGAGGAAUCUAAAAGUUCUGCUUUGUACUUCUUCACCCUACUUUUGUAUAAGGAAGGGUGAUAGUGGGAAAUCAUGGAGUUAUGUUGUAUUUAAACAUAAAAAUGAACUUGGUAACUCUUCUGCGUUUAGUAGAGCCUCACUGUUGCUUUAACUUAGUUUACAUUUUUUUAUUUUUAAAAAAGCAGCAAAGGAUGGUUUUGAAGUAUUGUGACUGUAAAAUUGAUAAAUAUGACUGUAACACAGCUAUGUGGUAGCUGUGACACAGUUCAGUUGGGCAAAGGAGGGGCGAUGGACUCAUUAAAAUCAUAUACUUGAAUAGUCCAUUGACCAGAACUCUUUAUAGACUAUUGUGUAAAUGUGAAAUCACAGACUGUUAAACAUUGCCUGGACUCCAGCAUAGUCCUGGAGCCACUGGGACCUCUCCUAUCAUGAUGAACCUGGACUUUUUUCUUUAUGGUUUUAAAUGACAUAAAAUCAUAGAAUCCAGAUAAUUUGCUGGAGUCAUUCUGAUCCACCAUGUAGAUCUGUAUUUAGUAUCAUUUGGAUUUGGAGAAGUGUCAAUUACAUUAUGGCUGUGUAAUAAAAUUUUUAUUAAAACUGCA